AUGUCAUCGAAUCUGCUCAACUCGACAAAUCUUUUCGACGUGACCGGCUGCAUUGCCGUCGUCACUGGCGGCGGUACAGGUCUAGGGCUCAUGAUGGCUAAGGCUCUUGAGGCCAACGGAGCCAAGGUGUAUAUAAUCGGGCGCCGAUUGGAGAUACUACAGAAAGCCGCCGAAGAAUCCGUACAGUUCCUUACAUCCAAAUUCAACAACAUCCAUCCCCUGCAGUGUAGCAUCACCUCACAUGAUGAGCUCCAGUCCGCCGUCGACCAUAUUGCUGCCCAAGAUGGCCACAUCAAUCUCCUCAUCAACAACGCCGGCAUUUCAACGCCGAACUUGGGCCCGCAUAACACCCGACCCACGCCCAAAUGGGACAUCGCCAAGGUGCGAGACUACUGGUUCCAAAAGUCCUUCGAGGACUACGCGACCGUGUUCGAGACAAACACCACCGCAGCCCUUAUGGUGACGUUUGCCUUUCUUGAGUUACUGGACAAGGGAAAUAAGGUGCGCGCUGCUGGGGCAGGUUCGCCUAAUGCGCGUUUCAAUGGCAACGGCAUUGCAAAUGUCGGAAGCAGCCGCGAGUAUAUCCGCAGCCAGGUGGUCACGGUCAGCAGCGUGGGCGGGUUCGGGCGUGAUAACUCGGCCUUCAUAUAUGGGGCCAGCAAGGCGGGGACGACGCAUAUGAUGAAGAAUAUGGCGACGUAUCUAGCGCCGUGGAGAAUACGGGUCAACGUCGUUGCACCGGGGUAUUUCAACACGGAUAUGAUGGGUGGUUUCUCCAAAGCGACCAACGGCCGCUUGCCCAUGGCUUUGGCGCUCGAGGAGCGGUUUGGGGAUUCUCAGGAGAUUGGAGGGACGAUUGUGUACCUUGCUUCGAAGGCUGGAGCGUACUGCAAUGGAUUGGUCAUGCUGGUGGAUGGCGGAUAUGUGUCCAAUAAGCCAAGUACUUAUUAG